AUGAGUGGAGAUAAGAAAUCCAGACAUGUCAUCUACAAGAAAACCUCCCGGGACAAAGCGGUGAGUGUAUAUCUGGGUAAAAGAGAUUACAUUGAUCACGUGGAGUCUGUGGAACCAGUAGAUGGAGUAGUUUUAGUGGAUCCUGACCUCCUUAAGGGCAAGAAAGUGUACGUCACUCUGACUUGUGCCUUCCGCUAUGGUCAAGAGGAUAUUGAUGUGAUCGGCUUGACCUUUCGCAAAGAUUUGUACUUUGCACGGACCCAGGUCUAUCCUCCUGUGGAAGAUGUGAAAUGUCUAACCAAAGUCCAAGAAAGGCUGAUGAAAAAGUUGGGAAACAAUGCCUAUCCUUUCCUGAUGGCGUUUCCUGAUUACUUGCCAUGCUCAGUGUGUCUUCAGCCAGCUCCAUCAGAUGUGGGGAAAGCUUGUGGUGUGGAUUUUGAGAUUAAAGCAUUUUCUACCAGCAAUUUAGAAGACCGGAUUCACAAGAAAAACUCUGUGCGUUUGUUGAUCCGUAAAAUUCAAUAUGCUCCUGACCAACCAGGACCCAUGCCCCGGGCAGAAACUUCCUGGCAGUUCUUUUUGUCAGACAAACCUCUGCACCUCACAGCGUCGCUGACCAAAGAGGUGUAUUAUCAUGGAGAACCCAUUUCUGUUUCCGUCACUGUGACCAAUAAUUCAGAUAAAGCAGUUAAAAAAAUAUCAGCAUCAGUGGAACAGGUCGCUAACGUGGUGCUGUAUUCUAGUGACUUCUACACCAAAACUGUGGCUUUGGAUGAGUCCGACAAUAAGGUGGCAUCCAAAUCCUCCUAUAAUCACACAUUUACUCUGCUGCCUAUCCUGGCAUACAACCGAGAAAAACGAGAAAUCGCUCUAGAUGGAAAACUGAAGCACGAGGACACUAACCUGGCAUCUAGCACUCUCUUGAAGGAAGGUAUUGAUCGCACUGUCAUGGGAAUCCUGGUGGAUUACAAGAUUAAGGUGAAGCUCACUGUCUCCGGAUUAUUGGGAGACAUGACCUCAAGUGAAGUCUCGACGGAACUUCCUUUCAUCCUUAUGCACCCUAAGCCUGACAGUGGAACUAAAGAGGGUGAGCAAGAGGAAGAUAUGGUAUUUGAAGACUUUGCACGUGACCAGCUUAAAGAUGAAUUGCAACCCGAGGAGAAGGAGGAGGAGGAAGACGAUGAGAAAUGA